CGUGCGUUCGUGCUAGUGUCCGCUGCACCUAUUUUGUGUGUGUGAAAUGUAAGUGUAGUAGUAAAGUAUCAUAAUAAAGUGUCAUAUUAUAUUAUUUGAUAAACGGAAACCGACUUCUCCGCCGUCGUAUCACUUAUUGAUGUCCUGCUUUGAAUAUUAUUAGUCAAAUUCGACCAUCGGCCAUGAAUUCGUGUUUCCCGCCAUUAGCCGCUCUAACACUGAAAGAUAAACGCCGAAAUUCCGCUUAUUUGGAGACCACCGGGAAUCAAACCAGUGGAAAACCUAAUGUUAUACAAGACAUGGAAAUGUUUUAUAUAAAGCAAAUUGCUCAUAAUCUUAAGGAUUACGAAUUAGAACAAAAAAUGGAAUUCGAGAUGAAAAUGCGUGAAGGUACUACACGACUUCUUGCCGCCUGCAAACAUCAAACUCAAUCGCUGCAAGCCGCCAAGAGCUUGUUGACGUCUAAUGAAAGAAUGACCGCUUACAUCGCUGAAUUGCACCGGAAAAGCCGAGAACCCCCACAAAUUGGAUGGAACGGUGGCAAGGCUCGGGUGUCACUUUCGGACUUACGACUCCCGUUGAUGUGGCGGGACACGGAUCAUUUCAAGAAUAAAGGUGACUAUCGGCGAUUUGCGGUGUUCUGUUUGGCUAAAAUCGGCACGCAACUUUACGAUACUAGCCUCAUGUUCCCGGUAGAUAGAUCCAUGACCGACGUUACGUUUAACGAUGUAUUGCUCUUUGAAAACGUUGGACCGGAUUUCAAACUCGACUUAGAAGUAUAUGCUCACGUUCUGCGCGACGACUUUUCGAUUGCUAGUACUCCAAGAAAAAUUAAGAACACGUUGCACAGUUCCAUAAGUCGCACGGUUGGUAAGAAGUUGGCUGCCACGUUGAGGGACGAAUUAAAUAGCGGUAAAAUUGGACCUAAUUUUGAACUAAUGGCGUCAGCCAAGCUGACUUUAGAAGAAGUGGAUGACAGAGUACAUACACACGAUAUGAAAAUCGAGAGCACUCCAGAAAACCGUAAUAACCAGUUACCUCUAUUUGGCCAUUUUUGUUGUCGGUUGGCUGCACAGCCCCAAUGUGUAUCAUCUCCGGUAUAUUCAGGGCGUGUACGACCACGAGAUGAAUCAUCUUACUCGUGGGCCAGCCUUCAAGCAUUUGAAUUAUCGAUAUGGUCAACAGCAGAAGAAGCAAAAUCUCAACCACCCCAAAAAUCAUUUCGCGUUGAUAAGAAUACAGUAAUUCGAGCGUUAAAGACUAGUAAUGAAAUUGAAAUAUCUAACGAAUCUGAAAAGCGAACAGUAUCAUUUAUAUUUUCAGUGGAAAACGGUGAAGAGAAGGGUAAUUGGCUGAAAUAUUUAGUACAACAUGCCAAAGAAUAUUACAAAUGGAAAAAAGCAGCUGAAAAUGUCAUGGAAGUACAAUUGUUAGAAACUAAUAGGCAUUCAUUUGUUAAGCCAGAGCGACAAGGAUCACUUUAUGAUGAAACUCCACUGUUAGAAUCUUUUGACAAGAACAAUCGUGAUAAGAACAGGCCUAGUGUAAUGGAUAUGUUUUCCAAUGGAGGUCAAGUGUCUACUAGCAGUCUUAGCUCGUGUUCAUCCACCAGUUCUAUGUCUCAUAAUUUACGCUCAAACUCAUCCUCAUCAUCAACAUCAACUGUGAGCAGUAGUGGAACCCAAAAACGAUUGCAUUGGCCGUUUUCUAGAAAAACGUGAUUGGCACACAAAGUUUCUAUUUCUUCAUUAAGAUAUACAUACUGGAGUGGGCUACACCUUACUAAGAUUCCUAGUUUUAUACCCUUAUUUACCAUUUUUGUACCUGCUUAAUGUUAAAUUUUAAAAGAGCUUAAUUCUAAUAGUUUUAUUAUUCAUUUUUAUCUAUUUUGUACCUAUUCCCAUGUGUACCAUUUCAUUUUAUUUUUAAGCAUAUUAUUAUCAUUUGAAGUAUAGCCCUCUCUCAUUCAAGUGUCUUUAAGACUUACAAAAAA